AUUCCCGAAGUGCACCGCGCCGAGUAUCGAUAGGUUCUUCGUGUUUCUGUACAAUGGCCGACGAUGGUUUGUGGGUACCUGUCGGCACUUUGAACUGUAUUCACCUUCAGCUGGAAUUUAUGGACAACGCAGUCUACCUGUAAACACCGCGCUAUCGUAGAACGAUGUUUAAGAAGGCGAAGAGGGUUAAUUUCAGGCGGAGGAAUGACUCUGACGACGAAGAGCAGGAGGACAGCCAGCAGGCGGAGACGCCGUCGCAGCCGACGCCGCCGCCGCCGCAACAGCAGCAGCAGCAGCAGCAGCCGCCAUGCGGCCCUGUGAGCGAGGAUGUUCCCGCGCGAGACGCCGCCGCGUGCACACCGGAGGGCUUUCCCGCCGGCCUCCACGGCGAGCUGCACCACGGAAAUGGCUUUCAGGCAAACCCCCUGAAGACCAGCAAGGAGAAGAAGAAGAACAAGGAGGCCCGCGAAGCGCCUAAGGCCAGCUUACUCAGCUUUCAGGAUGAAGAAGAGGACACAGAGGUUUUCAGAGUGAAGAAACCCAACCAUAGCAAGAAGAUUGUAAAGCAACUCAAGAAAGAGUACAAGGAAGAUUUGGAGAAGAGUAACAGUGUCAAGCAAGAGACCAGUGCAACAACUAACGAGGUGUCUGCAGUUGUGGCACCAAAGGAGGAAUCAAAAGCAGAGGGCAGCCAGGCCAGCAGUGAGCAGGGUGAAGAGGAGAUGGAGGUGGACAGCAAUGAUGACCAGGAGGAGGAGAGCGAGCCAAGGAGCAACACAGGAGGAUCAUUCAGCAACACUCUGUCCUCUUUAAGUGUGCUCAGACCAGGAGAGAUCCCUGAUGCGGCAUUUAUCCAUGCAGCUCGCAAGCGGCGCCAGCUGGCCCGCGAGUUGGGUGGGGACUUGCCGCCUCCAGAGAUGGAGGUGGGGAAGAAACGUCUGGUGCGGGAGGAUGAGCAGGGUGGCAGUGAUGAGGAUGAGGAUGAGAAAAGGAUAGUCUUCAGUGGUGUGCGGCAAAAGACUCAGCGCCAGAAGAUAGCAGAGGAGAUAGGGAUCGAGGGCAGCGAUGAUGAGGCGUUGGAUGCAGCAGGCCACGAUGAGGAACUGAGCCGCUGGGAGCAGGAACAGAUCAGGAAGGGCAUCAGUAUCCCACAGGUCCAGACCAACCAGCCUGAGGAGACAAAUAUGUACUACCAAAACUCCUAUGAAGUCCAGCCAUAUGCAUCAUCCUAUGGCCUGCCUUACUCAUACAGCUCUGUGGGAGGAGAUGAUUCUAAAGCCAAAUCUGACAGCUCAGUAACCUAUUGUGCCCCUAGUAGUGACUUGACUCCUAUCACUACUGAUUUGGUAAAGAAACGUCUUACAGACAGGCUCAGCACAGUGCGCCAGGUGCACUGUAGCAAUGCCAAGCGCUAUGGGCAGAUACAGGAGGAACUGGAGGCCUCUGUUCGAACCAUCCAGCGCCUAGAGGGCUCCUCUGAUGCCGUCGCCGACCAGUAUAAAUUCUUGCAAGAAAUGCGAGGGUAUGUUCGAGACUUGCUUGAGUGUUUCAGUGAAAAGGUGCCGUUGAUUCUGGAGCUGGAGGCUGCCAUGCACCAAUUACUAAGGCAACGGGCAUCCCGGCUUGUCCAGAGAAGACAGGAUGAUAUUAAAGAUGAAUCAGCGGAAUUUUCAAGCCUUUCAAGCAAGGCUUUAAUGGCCCCCAACCUGGACUCUUUUGGACGAGACCGGGGAGCAUACCUGGAGCAUGCCAAGCAGAGGCGGAUCGCCGAAAGGGAAGCUAGACGAACUCGCCGCAGGCAAGCCAGAGAGCAGAAUGGGAAGCGUGCAGAACACCAUGAGGGUCUGUCCAGCGAUGACGAGGAGACAUCUACUGAUAUAACCAGUUACAACCUGGAAAGAGAACGCAUUCUGAAGGAGUCCAAGAAGGUGUUUGAGGACGUGCUGGAGGAUUUCCACUCACUGGAUACCAUCAAGGUCCACUUUGAGGAGUGGCGAAGGCUGUACUCGGCCUGCUACCAGGAUGCCUACAUUGGUCUGUGUCUGCCUAAGCUCUUCACCCCCCUGGUACGACUGGAGCUCAUGGACUGGUCUCCUCUGGAGGUGGACUGCCGCAACUUUGAGUACAUGCUCUGGUUUGAAUCCUUGCUCUUCUAUGGCUGUGAGGACCAGUCCAAGAUGCAGAAAGGGGAUGUGGAUGUGGGCCUUCUGCCUGCCAUUGUGGAGAGAGUUAUCAUCCCCAAACUUGCUGUGUUGGCAGACCAGGUGUGGGACCCACUUUCCAGCAGCCAAACAGCCCGCCUGGUGGCUUUCGUGCACAGGCUCAUAAAGGGCUAUCCCACUGUGUUACAUGGGCGCAAUAGGAACACACAGGAGCUGCUGAAAACCAUAGUGUUCCGGACACGCCGAACACUUGACAAUGACAUUUUCAUGCCACUUUACCCAAAAAAUGCGUUGGAGAACAAAAACUCGGGGCCGUACCUGUUUUUCCAGCGCCAAUUCUGGUCUUGCGUUAAGCUUCUGGGGAACAUUUUGCAGUGGCAUGGCAUCCUGUCUGAUGCCACACUGAGGGAGCUGGCCGUGGACAGCACAUUGAACCGCUACAUCCUGUCCGCACUACAGAAUACAGAGCCAGGGGAGGACAGCAUAGAGAAGAGCUGCAGUGUUGUAGAAUGUUUCCCACAGCAGUGGUUCAGCAACCUGAAAGGCCAACAGACCAUUCCCCAACUGGAAAACUUUUGCCGGUACUUGAAGCACGUGGCUAGCACCGUGUACAGAAUCAGCCUGGCUGGGUCUGAUGUUGAGAGACGAAAUGCAAGGGAACAAAUUAAGGAGGUGGUGAAGUUGCUUGGACGCAUCAAUGCUCUGGAUCAUGUGAUCGCCAUUGCUACAGAGCAUGGCAUCAAAGACAUUAAGACACUGCUAGAGAACAAAUGAGAGUGAACUUCAUGUAUGUGCAUCCACUUGCAUUAUGUAUAUAUAUAUAUAUAUAUACAUUGUGAAUAUUGUACAUGUCCAAAAAGUAUGGUCAAAGUGCUGUUAAAUAGUUUUAAAGAGGACUGCAUCAAGGACCGAUUUCAAUUAAAGUCCUGACCGUUGCAGCUCUAGAAGGAAAAAAGGUGUUGGAUCACCAGCUGUGUGAAUGACAGGAAGAAUAAUGUGUGACAACACCUGUAAAAUUUAGUCUUUUGGGUGACUUGAUGCAUGAUUUCAAGAGAUGCAUGAACACUGACAGUCAUCCAGAGGACCAUUUUUUACUGUUCUGACCAUUUAACCUCGAUGGAUUUCAGCGACGUAUUCUUAAUAUGUACAUGAGGGUAUAAAAUGUGAACUCUGGUAUUUCAUGUCCUCCUCCCCUGCCUUAGUGUGACAUUUUUCUUAAAUAUAAGAUAGACCAGAAAGUCUUUUGGAACCACCCAGCAGCAGAUGAUGAUUUUCUCUUCCAGGUUUGAUUUGAGGUAUAUCACAUUACUGCUGUAUGGCUUUCUUAACAAUGCCUGCUUUGGUGUGAUUUUUUUUUUUUUCCCCCUCCCCUUUUCUCCCAAGCAUGCUAUCACUCCUGAAUAGCAAUUGUCAGUUGCACUCCACCCAGAACUUGUGCCAAAAAUCCACAAACCUAGUUCUCAUGCAGUUUUCAAAUGUUAUGUUGCUGUUCUAUUUGUGGGUAUAAGUAGGGCUGCGAUUGUCAUCAGAGUUGGAUCGCAAGAGGGACUAUAUUGUUUUACCCCAUUACGUGUGAAUGUGUUUUUGACCAAAUAAAAUGUGGAUGUUAAAUUUUA